AUGAUAGGACGAUUGGUUUAUGCUAAUCCCGACGAAGGAGAGCGGUACUACCUACGCUUACUUUUAUCUCAUAUUAGUGGGCCUACAUCUUUCAAAGAUCUAUUCACAGUCAAUGACAUAUUACACCCGACAUUCCGGAAAGCAGCACUUGAGAGAGGCUUAAUAGAGACAGAUGAUAACUUAUCACAAUGUCUUGCAAAGGCUUCUUUAUUUCAGUUUCCCAAAGCUCUAAGGAGGCUAUUUGCGACAAUAUUAAUUUAUUGUGAGCCAGGAGAUGUUCGCAAGUUGUGGGAUGAGCAUUACGAUUCACUUUUAGAAGAUUAUAGACGACAAUGCGAAAGUAUUGACCGAGUUCGGAAUAUGGUUCUAUCUGACAUCACAAGCUUUCUACAAUCUAUGGGUAAAAAUCUUGAUGAUUUCAAUCUUCCAAAGAUAAAUGUAGAUACCAACUUACAAUUUGGAAGUUUUCGUGAGGUACAAGAGGAAUACUCCAUAAUUGUGAAAGACGAACAUUUACGUGCACGAGAAUCCCUUAAUUUCGACCAAAAAUACGCAUACGAUGAGAUCAUGAAGCACGUAGACGAUGAUUGUUCAGGAGUGUUCUUCAUAGAUGGUCCAGGGGGGACUGGAAAAACGUAUUUGUACAAAGCAUUGCUUGCCAACAUUCGUUCUCGUGGUCUCAUUGCUCUUGCCACUGCUUCUUCAGGUGUUGCAGCUAAUAAUAUGCCUAGGGGGAGAACAGCUUACUCCCAAUUUAAAAUUCCCCUUAAUCUUGAUAACAACUCCAUGUGCAACAUAAAAAAAAAAAAACAAAGCAGGACUGCUCAAUUGCUAUGGGAUGCAAAAAUAAUCAUUUGA